AUGUCUUCAGAAAGGGUCGAAUGGGUGGAAAUUAUCGAGCCCAAGACAAAGGAGCAUAUGUAUGCUAACCUAACCACAGGCGAAUGUGUUUGGGAUCCACCUGAGGGAGUAAAAGUUAAGCGAACCGAUUCUUCCCAAUGGUGGGAACUAUUUGAUAUAAACACCCAUAGAUUUUAUUACUAUAAUGCUACCACACAGACAACUGUAUGGCACAGGCCAACAGACUGUGAUAUUAUACCAUUAGCUAAAUUACAAACAUUGAAACAAAAUACUGAUCCACAAAAGCGAAGGGAAACAUCCACUCAGACCAACCAAGCAGCACCUCAGGUACCAUCCUUGCUUGAUCCAAUAAGUAGCAAUGGCAACAGUACAGCUGCAAGUGUCAGUAAGCUUUCACCGAGUAAUGCAAAGAAUAUCACCAUAACACAAACCAGUCCUGUGAGAACUAGAAGAUCACAUUAUCAUCACAGGAACAGCGGUGAGAGCCGUCGCGGGAGGCUGAGCGAAGACGGAUCUACCGGACUAUGCCGUCAUACGGACUCUGGUCGAUCAUCCGAUAGCAGUAUUAGUAGCGCACAGCAGCGGCGGAAACAGGAGCUGACCGCAGUGGCAUGCAGCGUUCCCGUCUGCACGCCGCAGCUGAGGAAGAGGGGCGGCGUGACGCAACCACACGACCCCGAAAAGUGGUCACCGCAUUCGGGUUUGAACCGCAGUGGCAGCUUUAUAUCUCCUAGGAAAGAUGCUUCAGACGACUCUAUGCACGAGAAAUACUUUAAGUCCGUCGAGAGCACGCCUUUGACUAGACGCAAGCUAAAACAACAGUCUGCCGGUGGUUCCUCAUGCGAUUCUGCUUCACCUCAGAGUCCCAGCAGCCCUCUGCAGAAACCGCAACCCACACCUUUCUUGCAGCCCACUGCAGCGCGGCCGUCGCUGGUGUCCUCUAUAUCGCUGGCGACAGAGGCGGCUGGCACUCGUCUCAUGCACAGCCUGGAGCGCCCCCAUCAGCUGUCGCGGCACGCGCGGGAACGCUUCUCGGACAGGCAUUUGGAUAAGGAUCGGUUAGUGGAAUUGGAGCGCAUGGACCGGUAUCCAGAGAAGCAGGCGGUGUACAGCGUGGACAAGCCCUUCAGGCAAACCAGUUUGGACUUGCGCCAUAACGCUGUCUCAUCCAAUUGGCAUCAGCCUAGGGAGUUCACAAGCAGGCGCCAACAAGCUGAACCGGAGAGGUACACGUCGAGCAAGACUUCGGUGUCUUCUGGCAGCAGCAAGCACCGCACCCCGCCACACGAGCCGCACCACAACUUCAUGCGACUCUCAUCCGCCAACGAGCAGGACAACAUAGCGGCUGUUAACUACAAAAUGAAAUGCGUGAGCCUUGAGCCACCACUAACGGAGCCUAAUGUUCAAAAGCAUAACCAGCGAUUUGAGAGAACGGAGAAAGCUACUGCGAUAAGAGAUCGCACUAAAUCGAGGCGGCACAAAAGACCGGUUGAAAUGGACGAAACACAAAUGGACGGCGAAGAUGAAGAUGAGGACGGCGGAGGCUCUCCUUUAUACUGCAAUUGGGACUUGCGAGGGAUGCAACAUUUGUUGCCAUUGCAGGAUUACAUCAUACAACAGGCGAAACUAUCCAGCCGCGGGCGAUACGCGGCCGGCGCGGGCUCGGAGUCGGACGGCUCGUCGGGCUCGUCGCGCUCCGGGUCGCGGUCGCGCUCGCUGUCGGGCCACGAGCCCGACAACGAGUCGUCCGACGGCGGCGCGCGCACGCCCGACGACGACGACGGCUCCGGCGUCUACCUGCCGCACGCGUACCGCACCGACGCCGAGUACAUGAACCACGGCGUCGCCUACUACAACACCUUCGUCGGCUUCGACCGCGACCGCCAGCCCUCGCCCGGCAUCCAUCGGACUUCGUCCCUGGGGGGCGGGGGCAGCGGACCGGGUGCGGGAGGGGCGGCGGACGGUGCUGGCGGGGGAGCGACGAGCGGCGCGCUCUACAGCCCAGUGCGCUCGCACGCGCCGCCGCACGCGCACGCGCAUCAGCACGCGCACGUCCCCGCCGAGCAGGACAUCGAGAUCUUCGCCAAGGACAACCUCAACUUUAACAAGGGCAUCUUCAGGAGGAAGGCCUCCGUUCGCGACAUGCUGUCGUGGACUUCGUCCUCGAUCAGCGCACCUAUGGUGGGGGCAGACUGGGACAAGGCGCACAAGAAGGCCGCCAUAGACCUCUUCCGGCUUGUUCAGAUAUACAUGGGCGAUAGGAAAGCGAGGCCCGGCAUGACGCUCAACUCCGUGGCGCAGGACAUCUUGCACGCAACAUUCACCAAUGAAAAGCUGCGCGACGAGCUGUACGUGCAGCUGUGCCGGCAGACGACGGAGAACCCGCUGCGCGACUCGCUGCUGCGCGGCUGGGAGCUGCUCGCCGUGUGCCUCGCGUUCGUGCCGCCCUCGCCCGCCUUCCAGCCCGCACUCACCAACUACGUCAACCGGCACCGGGACCCCGCCUUCGCAGACGCCUUCCCCGAGGUUGGCAAGUGGCCGAUCCACGUUCAAGUGUCACACUACGCGGGCGUCGCGUGUAAACGCCUAGAAAGGAUUGGCUUCGGUGGGAAGAGGCAACCGCGCAAGCCCAGCACGGAGGACAUCGAUCAAGCCAGGAUCCAGAUAUUCCGUCAGUCGAUGUUCGGCAACACCCUGGCGGAGGUGAUGGCGCUGCAGAAGGAGCGCUUCCCCAACCGGCAGCUGCCCUGGGUGCAGGUGGCCCUGUCGCAGCAGGUGCUGGCGCUGAACGGCCGAGAGACGGAGGGCAUAUUCCGCGUGUCGGCCGACGUGGACGAGGUCAACGCCCUCAAGGCCAAAAUCGACAACUGGGAGCUGCCCGAUGCCACCACUCUCACGGACGCCCACGCACCGGCCAGCCUACUGAAACUAUGGUACCGCGAACUGUACGAGCCGCUGAUUCCGGAUGCGCUGUAUGGGGCGUGCGUGGCGGCUGGCAGCGACUUUGCAGCGUGCAGCCGCGCGCUGCAGCGUCUCCCCGCCCUCAACCGCUUGGUCCUCACCUACUUGAUCAGCUUCCUGCAACAGUUCACCGCGCCGGAGGUGGUCAGCCAGACGAAGAUGGACUCGGCCAACCUGGCGAUGGUGUUUGCGCCGAACUGCCUUCGCUGCACGUCGCAGGAUCCCCGCGUCAUCCUCGAGAACGCGCGCAAGGAGAUGACCUUCCUCAAGACCCUCAUUACAGGCCUCGACACGUCCCACGUGCAGGAGCUGCUG